AUGAGCUUGCCAUCAUACCGCAGCCUCUAUGAAAGCCCAUGUCUGAGCAAGGUGAUUCUUUUGUCUGCCGGUAACUCGAAGCAUAUUGAUGUCUUAAAAGUGCCGACAUAUAGGCCACGACGAACAGUUCAACAGCUGUCAGAUGUUGUCUCCGAUAGCCAAGCACAAGUUGAUCGAGACAUCGAGUCAGUUCAUGCCGACAAGAUACUUGUCCCAUUGCGAUUUCUGCGCGUUGCUGGCAGCAAGCAUACUAGUCAGUCAACCUGGGUAGCAGUUACUCAUAUGCUCAGUAGGCUUCAGCUUGUCAUAACAAUCGGUGGAUUGACUGAAGUGAGGUAA